AAGGGGAUUCAGAAUCGCAUUUCCACGCUUUGCUUUCCGUCUGGAAAUUAUAGAAUACUGAACGCGAGCUGCUCAGAGAGAGAAAAUGGCGAUGGCGAUGCUCCGAUCUGGUGCGCUCCGAACCGCCCUGCGCGGUGGCUCUCGGUCUUCUGCGCCGCCCAAGCGCUCCUUCUCCUCCUCCGCCGGUCACGACGAUGCUUAUGAGACGGCCAAGUGGGAGAAGAUAACAUAUUUAGGCAUUAUUUCAUGCACUGGACUAGCCGUUUACAUUCUGUCGAAGGGCCAUCAUCACUACGAAACACCUCCUCCGUACCCUUAUAUGCGCAUUCGCAACAAGGAGUUCCCAUGGGGUCCUGAUGGCCUAUUUGAAGCCAAGCACGAAGACCACCAUUAAGCUUUUAUUGUGGCACAUUUCAGUGAGAUACCAUUUGGAAUAAUUCUUGUUCUUUUUCAUGUCAAAACAGAGUUAGGCUGGCUCGCUUGGAAAUUUGUUGGAUAUCAAUGCCUGCACUUAUUUUGCAUUAUGAAAUCUGGAUCCAGACCUUUUGUCAAGUUGUUCGGUCUCUUGUUUGUAAUCAUUGGCACACAAAAAUAAGAUGGUUUUGAUGGGUUGUCUCCUUUCA